GGCGCCGUGGCGGGGCUGGCGGCCGUGGUGGGCUUCCUCAUCGUCUUCACCGUGGUGGGCAACGUGCUGGUGGUGAUCGCCGUGCUGACCAGCCGGGCGCUGCGGGCGCCGCAGAACCUCUUCCUGGUGUCGCUGGCCUCGGCCGACAUCCUGGUGGCCACCCUGGUCAUGCCCUUCUCGCUGGCCAACGAGCUCAUGGCCUACUGGUACUUCGGGCAGGUGUGGUGCGGCGUGUACCUGGCCCUCGACGUGCUGUUCUGCACCUCCUCCAUCGUGCACCUGUGCGCCAUCAGCCUGGACCGCUACUGGUCCGUGACUCAGGCCGUCGAGUACAACCUGAAGCGCACGCCGCGCCGCGUCAAGGCCACCAUCGUGGCGGUGUGGCUCAUCUCGGCCGUCAUCUCCUCCCCGCCGCUCAUCUCCCUCUACCGGCAGCCCGACGGGGCCGCCUACCCGCAGUGCGGCCUCAACGACGAGACCUGGUACAUCCUGUCUUCCUGCAUCGGCUCUUUCUUCGCGCCCUGCCUCAUCAUGGGCCUGGUCUACGCGCGCAUCUACCGGGUCGCCAAGCUGCGCACGCGCACGCUCAGCGAGAAGCGCGCGCCCGGGGGCCCCGACGGCGCGUCGCCGACCACGGACCGGUCCAUCUGGGCGCCUGCACCCCAGACUCCUGUUGCUUUUGAGGUGGCCCCAGCCGCCAAGCGAUAUGGCUCCUUCAAGGAGGCGCCGGGCAGAGGCUGCCGGGCCACUCCGCGCCUCCGGCAGCGCCAGGCUGGACCCACACAGCUCCCAGCCCCGCGGGACCCAUCCCUCCGCAGCAGCGCCCGGCCCCUUCCCGACCCCCUGAUGUCUGGACCGCCGGGGCAGAGCCAGACCCGCGCCUCCCUGGCCCCGCCGCGGCCUCUGGCCGCCUCCGCGCAGCAGCACCGCAGGCUCAGACCCGGCGGCAUCGCCGCAGCCCCGGGGCUCGGCUGA